CAUUCAGGCUUUGAACGCAAAAAGAGACCAAGUGUAACAAAAGGGAAGUGUCACUUUAAAUGAAAUGCACUGGUUGCAUGAAUGCUAACAGACAGACAGACUGCUUAUAAAGAUAUACAUGUAGUCUGAACCUUCUCAGGUUCAAAUUUCACUUGGUGGGUUAAAAGAAAUCCAGUUGAUCUUUGCUUGGAAAUAAUGUCAUUAUUACGUUUCACAACACAGUUAUUUAUUCCACAUAAUCUAUUGUUAAUGAAAAAACACAUUUUAAAGUAGUUGGAUACAGUUGUGGCCUCAUCAAAGAGACCUCCAAAUCUCAUCAAUCAGAACAUCUGAGGAAAUGAUGCGUUCAGGGACAAUCAUGGGGAGCUUUGAGACCAGGCUUGUUGAAAUCAAAGGCCUGAGAGCUGAGAUCUUUUUUUUUACAGGCUAUCUGUAUCCUUCAGAGAAAAAAUAAAUGUGGUCAGUUAAUUUGCGGCUUGGAAAAGGACAACAGCAGCAUGUUCAAGCUGCCCCCCUACUGGGCGGCCCAUGAGCCUGUCGAUGUGGUGGUUUGAUGUUGGAUGGAAAAUAAGAACCCCCCACAACAAACAGAGAGGGCUGGAACAGAGAAAGAGAGGGUAGAAAGGGAAGAACCAUCGACAGAUGGACUCUGUUGUGAUUAAAGAUGGCGGCAGCCUUUACUGCAGACUACGAAGGACUAUACUCGAUCCAUAAAAAAGCGGUGGGAGUUGUCUGCGAUUCAACACAACAGAACCAAGAACCUCACAGUAAGGUAAACCAGCAGGAACAAAUGGAUGGUAAAGAUAAACUGUCAUGGCGACGUUCUGCUUUGGCCAGGCCUUCUUCUGUCAAGGUGAUGAGAGGGAAGCUGCCAUUACUGCAGCCCUGUGUGUUAAAACAUAAUGCUAUGGAAUCCUCAGUAAAUGGAUGUACUGCUGGAGGAUGUCUGAGGAAAACAAUCAAACUCAAGGAGUUUCUUUGCAGUGGAAUAAGUAGAGGUCUGGAUCGAAUAGUUGUGCAGUGUGGGCUCUACGGGGACGUGGUUUAUGGAUGCUGGGACUAUGAGCAUAAGCGACAACAGGAACUACUUAGCAGACCUGGGAGGCAGCUUCACUGAGGAUGCUCCUAGACCUCCAGUUCCAGGGGAAGAAGGUGAGCUGGUGUGCAGUGAUGGGCGCCAGUACAGCAACUUCGGGUUCUCCUCCAAGAACGAGAGCCUCAAAUGUGAGUCGUCUGUGGCUACACCCAGGCGCCCCGACUUGGACCUUGGUUAUGAGCCGGAGGGAAGUGCCUCCCCUACUCCGCCUUACUUAAAGUGGGCCGAAUCUCUGCACUCCCUCCUGGAUGACCAAGAUGGCAUCCACCUGUUCAGGACGUUCCUCAAGCAGGAGGAGUGUGCAGACAUGUUGGACUUCUGGUUUGCGUGCAGUGGCUUCCGCAAACUCGAAGCCAAUGAAGGUAACGAGGAAAAGAAAGUCAAACUGGCGAAAGCCAUCUAUAAGAAAUACAUCCUGGACAACAAUGGGAUUGUUUCCCGACAGAUUAAACCGGCCACCAAGUCCUUCAUCAAAGACUGCGUCAUGAAACUUCACGUUGACCCUGCAAUGUUCGACCAGGCUCAGACUGAGAUACAGACUAUGAUGGAGGACAACACAUAUCCCUUGUUUCUGAAGUCUGACAUAUAUUUGGAAAAUACGCGGACAGGUGGAGAGAGCCCUAAGCUGUUCAGCGAUCACAGCUCUCUUUCUGGGAACGGAAAGGGAUUGUCGGGUUAUUUACCGACUUUAAACGAAGACGAGGAGUGGAGAUGUGUCCAGGAGCCAGAGGAGCAGCCCGAGUGUGACCCCACGCCGAGCAACCGGCUUACCCAGAAGCUGCUGAUGGAGACGGUCCCGCAGCGUGUUGCCAACAGCGGCAGAUUCCAGGACAGUCACGAGUACAGGCCUGCACCAUUUCGUGAGCCUGUCAACCCGUACUAUGUGAACACUGGUUAUGCCAUGGCUCCUGCCACCAGCGCCAACGACAGCGAGCAGCAGAGUAUGUCCAGCGACGCAGACACUACUUCCCUCACCGACAGCAGUCUAGAUGGGGUUCCACCCUACAGAUACCGCAAACAGCAUCGCCGGGAGAUGCACGAAAGCGCCAAAGCAAAUGGGCGAGUGCCACUACCUCAUAUCCCACGCACUAACCGGAUUCCAAAGGAUAUCCACGUGGAGCCGGAGAGGUUUGCUGCAGAGCUGAUCAGCAGGCUGGAGGGCGUCCUGAGGGAGAGAGAGGCUCAGGAGAAGCUGGAGGAGCGGCUGAAGAGAGUACGACUGGAAGAGGAAGGAGAUGAAGUCAUGUCCACAGCUGCAGCGUCAUCCAGUCACAGGUUCCCCCCUGGUGCUUAUCCGCAGAACUACAACUCACGCUAUGCCGACAACACCUACAGUGGUCUUAUUCUGAGAGACGCUCACGAGGAGAACCCCGAGAGCAUCCUGGACGACCACGUGCAGAGGGUCAUGAAGACCCCCGGCUGCCAGUCCCCCGGCACAGGACGCCACUCUCCCAAGUCACGCUCGCCGGACGGUGUCCCAGGGGGAAAAGGGGCGGGACUUGGAAUGGUGCAGGGGAAACAUCCGUCCAGGCACGGCGUCAAGGGAGACCACCUGUACCACCACAAACACAUGCACCACAUCCACCACGCUGCCGUCGGGAAGCCCAGGGAGCAGGUGGAGGCUGAGGCGGCCAUGCGCGUCCACGGCAACCUCCCCUGGGGCACAGAGACGGGGCAUUAUGGGUCCAAGUCUCGCAGCUACGCAGACGGCAUGGGAUCCAACCUCGUGGAUCACACGGGGUAUAGUAGCAAAGGUGGCCCACAGUGUAAAAGGGCGUUGAAGAAGGGUGACGAAGUGCGGCCUUAUGACGGGCCAGCGCCUCCAGAGGAGAUGGAGAAAAACCAGAAGAUCCUCUUGUGGCUGAUGGAAGGACAGAAGGAAAUGAUUCAACAUAAGAGGAGCCCAUACGGGAGUACCACUGGGUCCAAGAGGACGUCAGGCCAUGAGGCCCAGCAGCGGAACAACGUGCAGCCGUCCCACCCUUUCAUCCAGGACCCCACCAUGCCCCCAAACCCCGCUCCCAGCCCCCUCAUCCAGCUGGAGGAGGUGUGCAGGCGGCUUGAGGAGGAGAAGAUUCAGUCAGGAACUGUCCAACCCAAGCAAAGGUAUGUGAUGGAGGUGAUCCAGAGGGGCCGCACCGCCGUCAGGCCGGCUCUGUUCCCCCCGCUCAGCGUGGUGCCCGCCGUCUCUGACAGCGAGCUCUCCCAGCCAGAACACAAAGCCACUAAGAAGCAUCCUUGUGAGAACACGACUGUGGCGUAUUACUUCUGUGAGGAGCUGAUACCCUACAGGACGUCUGUCAAAGGGAGGGUGGUCACACUGGGCCAGUUCAAAGAACUGCUGACGAAGAAAGGAAACUACAGGUAUUAUUUCAAGAAGGUGAGCGACGAGUUUGACUGUGGGGUGGUGUUUGAAGAGGUACGUGAAGAUGACGCUAUCUUGCCCAUCUUUGAGGAGAAGAUCAUCGGGAAAGUGGAAAAAAUUGAUUGACGUUCACGUUGAAGAGGAAGGAUGAGGAACAAUUGGAGGGUGAAGAGGAAGUGUUUUGGGAUUGAAGGAGCAUGAGAAGAAAGUGACACAGGAAGUGGAUGCAGAGUUGAAGAGCGGUGCGGUUUUGAGGCUCGGGGAGCACCACUGCAGUGACGUUGGACUAGAAGAAAAAAAAAGACCUCAUUCACUUCGUUGGAGUGUAAUGUAGCAUUGUAAAGUUUACUAGAUGAAGAAGAACAAAAGUGCUACUAAAGCAACAUAUUUUUGAUAUGAUGUAUCAGAGGUUGCCCUUUCUAAAGUAACCACACUUGUCAUUUUUAUAUGUAUUGGUACCAGAUGUGUACAGUUUGUGUUAAAAGAUAACAACAUUUUAUAUCUAUUUAAGUAUUUAAAAUGCUCAUUUUCAAUCCUAUUGAAGCAGGAGUGUGGCCCCUGUUGAAGACGAUCAAAUCCUUUUUUUGGGAUGACUUUUUGUUUGUUUUAUUCAUGCUGUGCUUUUAAUACUUCACUUUAAUAAUACUUAUUUUCAUUCAAUCUGCACUUUCAUUGUAUUGUACACCACUGAAUAUGUCUCAAGGUAGGUUGCACCGUGAAUUUCUAAAGCACCUACAUGUGGCCAGAGAAAUGGAAACCCCUGUAGAGUGCACUGCAAUCCAGCCCUGGGUCCUAAAAUAGUACUUUAACAAGAUUAAUGUAAGUCAUGGCACUGCAGGAGAGCAUUUAUGGUCACUUUUAAAGCUGUGAGUAGUGUUUUUAUCCGUGACACCACCACAGAGUUGUAAUUUAUUGUUUUAUUGGCUUGCAUAAUCGCAUUCUGCCCAGGUUGUUUGCAUUCUGCUGGUUCUUUGUUGUAUGCUCCAUAGGAUUGUAGACAUUAGCUAUGUUUAUGUACACUGUUGUUUACCCCAACUAAAUUGAAGUUGUACGAGAAUUGCCUAACAAAUUAACACAGCAAUGCAAUAAUACUGUGGAGAAAGGGGAACAGUAGGUGAAUAUCUAUGCAGGUUAGGUCCCCUGAUCCAAAACAACACUGGCCCUUUACUUUAAUAAUUUAGAAAAAUAUUAAAAACAGGUUGAGGCUACACAUUAAGACAUUUAGGUUUUUAGAAGCCUGUUUUCCCAAUUUUAAAUGUGUUUUGAUUAUACUCGGUUCAUUAAUCAGGCUGAAUUUCAAUUGGGUUGAGACCAUCUUUUCUAAAGUUUCUAAAAUUCUAAUUGAAGAUUGUGAAUAAGAAAUACUACCUUUUUUAUGAAUUAAAAUGAAUAGUAAGUGCUAAUGAAUAUUUGGAAGUCAAUUUUCUAGUUUUCUUUAAAUUAUUUCCAGUUAAACAUUGAAUUUUCUAAAGAACUCACCUCAGCUUUGGAGGUCGGUGUGUGUUCAUGAAAGGGAAGCGUUCCAAUCCACACAGGUCCCGCCUCCUUGAACAUGUCCAACAGGUCAUAUCACAGCGUUUGAAUGAGAGGCCAGUGAAUGUAAUCAGAAUACUAUCAAACCUAGAUCUAGUUGUCACAUAAAGGCAUAUUUAACUAUACUAUAAGUGCUACCUUUUUACAGUAGGUGUAUAGGAGUGCAAUAGACACUGAAAUGUUGCGUUUAUUGUGUUUACAUCAAGUAUUUAUUAGUUUUAGCUCCAUGUGUGUGUUUAUUUAUGAGAUCCCAGAGACUAACCCUCUUUUAAUCACUGCUUUGUGUAUGUAUCAGUUCAGAAGGGGCUGAUCUCUCAUCUGUAGCCUUCUAGCUAAUCGCGGCUAUCGUGUGCCUAGCAGUAAUGAAUUGUUUAGUGCAAAUGAUCUACUGUUGAUAGAUCAGGUUACACCAAAGAGAAAAAAGUAGAUGGUAGUUACCAUAGGCACGCGCUUGAAUUCUCACAUUGAUAGUACCCCUUCAUUUUGUGGCGGCACUUAGUUAUGUUUUAUUUAAGCGUUUGCAUGAAGAUUCAGAAUGUUUUUUUUUUUUCAAUGAACAUGGUGUGCAUUUCCUGAUGCUCCUUGUUACAAGGGACAAAUCAUAAUCAUUGCUGAAAAAUUUCUCAGCAUAAUAUAUAUUCCCUGUCCUUGCUAUUUGGCAUCAUAAAUGAAACGUUUGCACUGGAAUAGCAACUGAAAUUGAACAAAAAAUCUAUCUGGAAAGCAGCAUGACAUUUAGUUUCAAGGUCUCUGUGGAUUUCGUCAUGUUGCUGUAAUGAAAGCCUUUAACUACAGAUGCUGGACUGUGUGUGUGUUCAGAAGCUGUUUAUCAAUGCUGCCUCUUUUUUUUUAGAUUCUUUACUUAAAUCAGUUUAAUAUAUACUGUGUUGUUAAAUGAUCCACUAUUGAGUACAUAAUCAAAUGUAAUACUAUAAGUAUUAUCUUGAUUUUUUUUAUUUUUUUAUUUCUUUUUGAAAUAUAACAUCUGUGAAGUUUCUUACUGUGAAAGCCCCAAAAGUUAUUAUUUAAAAUCAAUUAAAUGUAUAUAAUAAACGUCAGAGUGCCUUUGCUACUAUGCUAAUGACAUCUGCUGUGAAUUUCACACGUGGGGGCAUAAAUACUGGGAUUUAUUUUUAUUUCUUGUUUAAUGUUUGUCACAUUUCCACCUUUUUCUCUGUAAAUAUGUACAACUUUGUCUUCAGCCAGCAGCCCACUCACUCCCCUGGACCUGUUUCUGUUCAUAGCAUGGUUACCGUUUAAAGGUACCCGGACAAUAAAUACAUGCAAUAAACCAGA